ACGACAGGUGAUAUAGCCAGCGGCCAUUCAGACGACGCUAAAACGUGCGCGCACUCUUGACCCGAGUCGCUGUCCGGACACACUUGCCUUCAUCUGCUCCGGAAAAGGCAACGGCUGGGCACUUGUCUCCACAGUCCUUGGCAUCACGUACAAGAUGAGAUUCUUGCUGCUGCUGUGCGCGCUGGGGACAGCCAGUGCCUUGACGUUUUCUGACGACUACUACGCAUGGGCGAGUGACCUGACACCAGGAUGGAUCAUACAAGAGGUUAUAAAGAAUGGCCAGUUAUGUCACUGCAAGGUAGCUGGAAACAUGACUACAACCACCACCUCGACGCCUACAACGACUACAACUUCUACUACUACUACUAGCACCAGCACGUCUACCUCAACCUCUACAACAACCACUUCUACGUCCACUUCUACAAGUACGUCUACUUCUACGUCCACAAGUACUACGACUACUACGAGUACGUCGACAAGUACUUCAACUACAACAAGCACAUCAACGAGCACUACAACUUCCUCUACAAGCACUUCAACCUCUACGUCUACAACUACUACGUCUACAACUACUACAAGUACAUCUACAACCACUUCAACUUCUACGUCUACAACCAGUACAACUACUACAAGCACAUCUACAAGCACUACAACUACAAGCACUUCAACUUCAACGUCUACAACCACUACUACAACUACAAGUACAUCCACAAGCACUACAACUACAAGCACUUCAACGUCAACGUCUACAACAACUACAAGUACAUCCACAAGCACUACAACUUCUACGAGUACAUCUACAAGCACUACAACUACAAGCACUUCAACUUCAACGUCUACAACCACUACUACAACUACAAGUACAUCCACAAGCACUACAACUACAAGCACUUCAACGUCAACGUCUACAACAACUACAAGUACAUCCACAAGCACUACAACUUCUACGAGUACAUCUACAAGCACUACAACUACAAGUACGUCAACAUCAACGUCCACAAGCACUUCAACUACUACUACUACAUCGACAAGCACUUCGACUUCAACGUCUACAACAACUACAAGUACAUCCACAAGUACUACAACUACUACGAGCACAUCUACAAGCACCACAACUACAAGCACUUCAACGUCAACGUCUACAAGCACUUCAACUUCAACGUCUACAACCACUACAACCUCAACCACCACGACUACACCGGCAGGUCCUAUUGACUGCGACGCGGAUAUCACUGUCAGUCAUCUGUCAGUAGACUACUGGUCGACGCCUAAUUAUCCUAACAACUACCCAGAGGACAUUACGUGCACGCUGACUAUCACUAUACAAAGUAUAAUGCCCGCUCUGAUGAUGGUUAACUUGAUUGUGGAUGGACCUGGGGUAAUUCAUACCUCCACAGGCUGUUCUUCUGAUUAUAUAGACGUUGGCGGCGGAUUGAUAAAGGACUGCGGAACCCUCACAGGCAAAGCCUACACUGCUCCGUUUGGCGCCACAACAUUUACCAUCGUCUUCCAUUCAAGCUCGGCCGAUGGGGGAACCGCUAUGGGCUUCAACCUCAAAGUUGAAGGUUAUGAUGGCUUGAUGGGUUAACUUCCGCAUUCUAAUGUUCCCGCGGUCCCUAGAAUCUUCAGGAACCAGCAAUCCAUUUGAUUUUAAUGGAUUAGAAAUAGAUUUAUUAAAGGAGUGUUCCCGAAUUAGUUGAAAAGCUUCCUGGUACGUUCAAGAAAAUCGCUUUGGUUGUAAUCAAAUGUAGUCUUUCAUGGAUAUUCAUUCACAACUACGAUUUGAGUUUCGACAUACAAUACAUAUAUCGAUAAUGUAUGUAUGCGAGUUUGUCCUUUAUCCUUCUAUAUGGGAACCUACGAAAUACACUAUUGGCAAUACAAUAUGAUUUCUUUCGUGAAACUGAACACUUGGAGAAAGGUGUGAAAUAAAGGAAAACAAAAUAAA